AUGGAUUUUGUCGGAGGUAACGGUGGCCCUGGAGGACUCUUCGCCCAACUAGCCCAGGGGUUCGGUGGAGGAUAUGGUCAUCGAGUUCGAUCAGACCCAAGACAGUACGAUGAAUACUUGAAGGCAUAUAGCGUGGCCAUGCUCCCUGGUCGGGAACGAGAGAACGUCAGCUACGGCGGCAAGAUUAUAAUGCCUCCAUCAGCCCUCGCCCAUCUCACGUCCCUCGAUCUCGAAUCACCUUGGAUGUUCAAGCUUCGGAAUCCAAAUAAUUCCGCUGCCUUCACGCAUGCGGGUGUCUUGGAAUUCAUUGCCGAGGAAGGCGUUGUUAAUCUACCAUACUGGAUGAUGAAAUCCUUACGGCUGAACGAAGGCGACCCAAUUCGUAUCACCGGGACAGAGCUGCCAAAGGGCAAAUUCGUUAAAUUGCAAGCCCAACAUGUGCACUUCCUCGAGAUUUCGGACCCCAAGGCUGUGCUCGAACAGGCUCUGCGUAAUUUCUCUGCGCUAACCCAGGGCGAUAUCAUAGAGAUAUCAUAUAACAGCAUCGUUUUUGGCCUGCUUGUAAUGGAAGCGAACCCGGGUGGUGAAGGCAUCUCAGUCCUCGACACAGACUUGGAAGUCGAUUUUGCUGCCCCAGUCGGAUACGUUGAGCCUGAGCGACCUAAAGCUGCCCCUCCAUCUACGAUGGCAUCAAAACUGAACAUCGACUUGAACUCUUCGACCCCAGGAUCUUCCAGACCAGGAAGCUCAAUGGGUGGUACCUCCAUGGGGGCAAGCAAGAGUGGAACUACCGUUAGCAAAGGCGGUGAUAGAUGGGAAAGUUUCAAGGGUAAGGGCGAGACGUUGGCUGGCCGGAAGACAAAGGGACGGGGAAUCAGCCACCGUCAGGCGGAGGCUGUGCCUGAGGGCAGUAAGAUUAUUCGGACAGAUCAGCAUCGAGUGAUUUCAAAUGACGAUCUCUUUUCUGAAACCAAUGUGCCUGCUCCACUGAACCUGCCUUUGGGCAAGCUUUUCUUUGGCUACAAUAUCGCUCCCUACACACCACCUCCAGCAACAAAUGGAGACAGUGGGCCACAGCCUUCCUCGGCUUUCAACAGUGCCGGAAAUAGCCUGACCGGUCGCUCAACGAUGCAGCCGAAGGUAUCCUCUUCCACCAAGGGCAAGGCUAAAGAAGAGAAGACUUCAGACAUGAAGUGGGGUAACGGCCAAACUUUGAGCGCGCGGGCAGCCAUUCCGGCCACAGUAGGGGCAGGAGGAGCCAGCGUCCCUCGAAUCCCACAGAGAGCGCGACGACCGCGAGAAAGGAGCCCCUCGCCUGAGGAAGAUUGGGGUGUCGACGAUGACGAUGUCAUCGUCGUUGACAGCGACUAG